AUGUUGAAUUUUCUCUAUAAUGCUGUUCACCAUUGUACUUCUUGUUGUACCAUUAGGGCCCCUCAGAAAUUUCACACUGUUGAAACCCACCUAGCGUUUUUAUGGUUCAAAUCUGUUAGAUACAUUUCAAGCACUUCAAAUCAACACUCAUUCAAGGUCUCAUACCUCAUAAACUCAUGUGGGUUCUCACUGGAAACUGCUCUAACAGUCUCCGAAAAUGUUAAUUUUGAAACCCCCGAUAGAGCUGACUUGGUUAUUAGCAUUUUCAAGAAAUAUGGUUUCUCACAAACCCAAAUCUCAAAUAUCAUCAGAGCAUUCCCUACUGUGCUGCUAUCAAAUCCUCACAAGACCCUUCUGCCCAAAUUGGAGUUUUUCCAGUCCAAAGCCUUUACGAGCUCUGACAUUGCUAUAGUCUUAUCUAGAAAUCCACAAAUAUUGCGACGAAGCUUGAAAAACUACAUAAUCCCAUCUUUUUCUUUCCUUAAGAAUUUUUUUGGAACCAAUGAGGACAUUAUUAACGCGAUUAUACGUUUUUGGGUUAUUCCCGUGGGUAGAUUUAACAAUUGUGUGCUUCCAAAUGUCAAUCUUCUGCGAGAAAUUGGAGUUCCUGAAUCGCAUAUAAGUUCCUUACUUAAACAGAAGCAUAGUGCUGCUGUGACAAAUCCAGUUCGAUUUAAAGAGAUUGUGGAGAAAGUCAAGGAAAUGGGAUUCAAUCCUUUGAAGAUUUCUUUUAUUCAAGCUGUUUUUGCAAUGGUGGGAAUGAAUAAAUCCACAUGGGAGAGGAAGGUCAACGUUUAUAAGAGGUGGGAUUUGUCUCAAGAAGAGAUUCUUGCAGCAUUCAGAAAGUGCCCCAGCUGUAUUAUCGCAUCUGAGGAUAAGAUUAUGCAGGUUAUGGAUUUUUACGUCAACAAGAUGGGUUUCGAGACUUCCUUUAUUGUCAAUCGCCCGAUACUCAUUAUUUAUAGCUUGGAGAAGCGGCUUAUUCCAAGGGCUUCGGUUAUUGAAGUUUUGCAAUCAAAAGGUUUGAUCAAGAAGAAUAUACACUUAGCUAGAGUGUUUAGUUCUUCUGAGAACUCAUUCCUUCAGAAGUUUGUGACACCAUAUAUGGACAAGGUGUCUGACCUGUUGAAGCUAUACAAGGGAAAAUUGGAUUUUUCAAAGAUGACUACAAAAUAG